AUGUCUACCUCUCUUCUCUGCACCAGCUGCAGCAGCACCUCUCUUUCACGUGACGACGACACCGGGGGAUUGUUCUGUGCCUCCUGCGGCGCCGUUCAACCCUUCGAUCAAUACGAAUCCUUCACCGGCGGCAUCAACGGUCCACAAGGCACCUUCGUCCACAUUGGAACCUCAGGUUCAGGUAAUUUUUACUCUUACAAAGACAGAAAAUUAUUAUCCGCGCAUAAUUCCAUUGAAGAAUUCACUAAUAGGUUAGGGUUAUGUUCCAAAACUAUCGAAAUCAAAUCCAUGAUUUCUGAUAUCACCGACGUGAAUUCGGUCAAGGGAACUGGUUUCAAGUUUUGA